AUGCUCGACAGUGCUACUCAGGCGGCUGUCGUGUCAGGAGGGGCGGAUGCUACGGCAGACAUUGAGGGGAACGACUCUGGGUGGGUAACGAUUCCCCUUCAACCAUGGGUUGCGGGGCAAGCGCCUGCUGAAAAUGACGUAGAUGGUGCGUGCGUGCCUACAGCAGAGGAGGAGGCAGCGGCAGCGGCAGAUUCAGCGGGUGUCUCAGCUGGCGAGAACGAGGUGGAGGUGGUGGAGGAGGAGGAGGAGGAGGAGGAGGAGGAGGAGGAGGAGGAGGAGGAGGAGGAGGAGGAGGAGGAGGAGGGGGCCGGGGAAAACAUUGUAGGACGCGGAAGAAGGAUGCAGGCUGCAUUGAAGGUAGAUAAUGUGUCAGAGGCGUUGAAGCGUCUGCGCGCGGUGUGUUCGUUCGUCGGGUGGUCGGUUCAGCGCUCGGAGCACUUUGCCCGGCAGCAGCGCAUCUUGUUGCGCUGUCGUGAUGAUGCACGCGUGCUUCAUUUGAUUGGCGACUCGCCGACGCGGUGGGGGUCCACGUACGACAUGAUUGUCCGCGUGUUGGAGCUGCAGCAGGCUCUGGCCCUCUCCACCGCCACCCCCACCGCCUCCACCGCCUCCGCUGCCUCCACUGCCGCCGCCGCCUCCACCGCCUCCUCCACCGCCGCCUCCUCCGCCACCUCCGCUACCACCGCCACCGCCGCCGCGGCCUCCGCCUCCACUGCCGCCACCGAACCCCCCACCCCCACCUCCACCUCCACCGCUACCCCCACUCCCCCCACUGCCUCCACCUCCACCUCCACCGCCCGCUCCUCCAGCUCCCUUGCCCCCCUUGCCCUUGCCAGGGCGGCGAGGGUGCAGGAUGUAGAUGAGGGGUCGGUGAUACGGCCGGUGCGUGUGCGUUUGGCCGAGUACCAGGCGCGAGUGAUCAGCUGCCGGCAGGGUGGAGAGGUCACGAGCGAGUUGGGGGGGGGGGGGGGCACUGGGCCCAGCGGCGUUACUGGUGGGACCUUGGGCACGAUGGGUGCUGCUGGAGGUGGGGGAAGGGGCUUUGAGCACUCCAACUUUGACGAGAUGGAUGCUCUGGAGGCAGCUGCAGGGGGGGGUGGGGAGGACACAGGAUGA